UUAUAACUCGUGCCAAUGUGGUUUAUAACUCGUGAGCAUGAGUUCCUCAAGGAGAUCGGAAUCGGCCCUACAAACCUCAGCUGCUACGUCAAUGGGGCGUGGAAGGCUAGUGGACCUACGGUCUCCACUGUAAAUCCGGCCAACAAUGAGACCAUAGCCGAAGUUGUUGAAGCUUCAAUUGAAGAUUAUGAAGAAGGCAUGCAGGCUUGUAACGAAGCAGCAAAGCUGUGGAUGCAGAUUCCAGCACCAAAAAGAGGUGAUAUUGUUAGGCAGAUUGGUGAUGCACUUAGAGCAAAACUUCACUACUUUGACUGACUUGUUUCACUUGAAAUGGGGAAAAUACUACCCGAAGGAAUUGGGGAGGUUCAAGUAUGUCUACUUUACUAAGUCUGUGGUGUAACAAAAAAGUCUUAUUCUUCUGCAACAAUGAAACUGUUCCUUGACUUGUUCUCCUGCCAACAAUAAUGUACAAGUUAAUUCCAUUU